UAUACAAUUUCUGCGCUACCUGUUUGCUCAAGUGGGCCUGUUUCAACCGCGCUUUCCGAAGCUUCCUAGUUGCAUGGCAAAUUGCCACCGUCCCAUUGACCUUGCUUCAGCAGCCUAAGAAGUCUUCUUGUGUCCAUCUCAUUUGUACUCUGUUCUCUUGUCUCUCUGCUUGAUCUUGAUCUUUCUUGUUGACGAUACCAGAUAGCAGAAGGCGGCGGAAGAGACGGCAUUCUGUGAGUUCAGAGAGCAAUGGAUCAGCAAAACAAGGUGAUGCAGAGAGCUCCUUCCAUCUCAUCUUGCUUCCCAGAGAGAUUUUCUGGUGUUUCACCAAGAGAUGAGCAUGAGAAUGUGCAUGAGAAGCGGCAACACCAUCACCAGUGGCCCAUGAAAGCCGCUGCUCUUCACGCCCUUCCGCAACCCCCAUUGGCAUUCAAAGCUCCAGUUGAUAAGCAUCUCAUCGUGGAAGAGAAGCUUCAACCCCACCAUGCACCACCGCCACCAUCAUCUUCUGCUUCUCCUCCUCAUCACCAUGUGCUGCCGUCUAGCAGCAAAUUGAAUGAAGCAGCUGCGCCCGAUAAGCCAGUUUCAGCUCCUCUCCCGCCAAUUCCUUCGUUUCCCCACUUUGGGAAAAUUUUCUCCCAGAGAACAUACACGCCUUUGUAUAAUGCUGCAAUGAAAGGCCAUUGGGAAAGUGCAGAGAAGUUCUUACGAUCACAUCCCGGGGCUAUAAAUGUCAGGAUCACGAAGGAAAUGGACACGGUUCUUCACAUUGCUGCCGGGGCCAAACACACCAAUUUCGUAGAGGAAGUGGUCAAGAUGAUGAGCCCCACAGAUUUAGCAUUGCGGAACAAGAGAAAUAAUACGGCUCUUUGUCAUGCUGCCGCAUCUGGUGUUACCAAAAUCGCGGAGACAAUGGUCAAUAAGAAUAGGGACUUACCUGGGAUGAGGGGCCAUAAGGGAAUGACACCUCUUUAUUUUGCAGCAUUGUUUGGACACGGGGACAUGGUUUCCUAUUUGUUCAGAGUGACAGAUGAUGAGCAUCUAACUGAAGAGGACUACGUGACGGUACUCCUUGCUACAAUCAACAAUGAUUUGUUUGACCUAGCUCUUACCAUACUUUGGAGAAAACCAGAAUUAGCUACUCUUCGAGAUCAUAAUGGAAUGACUGCAUUGCAUAUUUUAGCUCAGAAGCCUUCGGCGUUUGCCAGCACAAGCUCAUUGGAAUCCUGGCAGAGGAUACUUUAUCCAUUGAUUCGCGUGGAAGAAAAAUAUAAGGUGGGGUUCCCUUCAGGACUCGUCAUGAGCGACAUUAGCCACACAAAUCAAGUGUCUCUCUACUUACUCGAGAAGCUUUGGUGUGUGGUGGAGUUAAUAGUGCCAGGAAUCAAGGCAGUUCAUGAGAAAAAGACUAUGCAUAUGCAAGCGCUACAGUUGGUGAAGCUGUUGUGCGAGCAGGUUUCAUCACUGGAGGACUCCACAAUUGCGGAUCUUUUAACACAUCCCUCGCAGCCGUUGCUCAUUGCAGCAGGGUUCGGCAUAGUUGAGCUUGUGACUGAGCUUGUUUGCUCUAAUCCUGAUUUGAUAUGGAAAGUUGAUGAGCAAAGCCGUAACAUUUUCCAUGUUGCGGUUAUGUACCGCCGAGAAAAGAUAUUUGGCCUCAUUCAUGAUCUCGGGGCGCAUAAAGAUAUGAUCACUACCUACAAAGACCCCACCAACGAUCACAACUUGUUGCAUUUGGCGGGAAAGAUGGCACCUCUGGACCAACUUAACAGCGUGUCUGGGGCAGCUCUUCAGAUGCAGCGGGAACUUCUAUGGUUCAAGGAAGUGGAGAAAACUGUACACCCUUUAUCAAAGCAGAUGAGGGACAAAAACGGCCGAACACCGAGAAUGUUAUUCACGGAAGAGCACAGGGCUCUGGUCAAAGAAGGAGAGGACUGGAUGAAAAGCACCGCUUCAUCCUGCAUGCUUGUUUCCACGCUAAUCACCACUGUGAUGUUCGCCGCUAUCUUCACGGUUCCAGGAGGAACAGACAACAAGGGCUUACCUAUUUUAUUGGGAUCAAAUGCCUUCAUAACGUUCGCCAUAUCAGAUGCAUUCGCGCUGUUCUCUUCGGUCACAUCCAUACUCAUGUUCUUGUCCAUCCUCACCUCGCGCUAUGCUGAGGAAGAUUUUCUCGAAUCCUUACCGAAAAGACUAAUCAUCGGCCUUACCACCCUGUUUCUUUCUAUAGCAUCCAUGCUUAUUGCAUUUAGCGCUACCUUUUUCAUAGUACUUGGAUGCCGAUUGGCGUGGAUUCUUGUACCGAUUGCCUUAGCUUCGUGCAUACCGAUUACCUUAUUUGCCUUUCUUCAUUUUCCCCUUCUUGCUGAUAUGCUACGUUCUUCUUAUGGAACUGGCCUAUUCGCAAGAGAAGCCACAAUCACCCUUUGUUAGUUCAUCAUAAAGCUUGCAUUGAGAACCAGAGAAUAGCUUUAUCAAAGUGAAGCAUGAACGAUUUGUCUCGAUAUCAA